ACCAAGGUGCACAUACAAACAAUAACCGGCAACAUGACUCGAUCACUACGCAUCGCCGUGCUGGAAUGUGAUACGCCGAUUCCACCAGUCAAGGACGAGCUCGGUGGCUAUGGAGAUAUCUUCACGCGCUUGCUAAAGAAGGGUCUAGAGGCGUCUGGGAAUUCGGAGGUGGAGAUUCAGGAGAUCAGCAAGUGGCACGUCGUGGAUAAUCCCGUUUAUCCUGAUCCGAAUGAGUAUGAUGCCUUUCUUCUCUCUGGCAGCAAACAUGAUUCAUUCGCAGAUGAUACUUGGAUCGUGAGUCUCACCGAUUACAUCCGGGGCGUGAUUGAGCAGCACAAGAAGCCCGUUGUUGGGAUCUGUUUUGGCCAUCAAAUUAUUGCUCGUGCCCUAGGCUCGCGCGUUGGUCGUGGCGAUGAUGGAUGGGAGGUCUCCGUUGAAGAGAUUACUUUGACAGAUGUUGGCAAACAGAUAUUUGGCAAAGACAAGCUGCAUCUCCAACAAAUGCACCGUGAUGUGGUGCAUGAGCUGCCCGCAGGCUGUGUCAAUCUCGGCUACAGCCCCCGGUGCGCGAUCCAGGGUCUGUAUAUGCCGAAGAGAUUGUGGAGUGUGCAAGCUCAUCCCGAGUUCAAUGAAUUUAUCAUGUCGCGCAUAUUGAAAUUCCGGCAUGAUGGUGGAGUAUUCAAUGACCAGCUUUAUGAGGAUGGCGCUUCGAGAGCGGCGAAGCCUCAUGAUGGAGAAUUCUUAGCGACGGAGAUUAUCAAGUUUAUGGCAGAGGCUACAGCAUAG